GAAGAGAGGGCGCCGAUGUAAGGAAGGAAGGCACCCGAGGUACCUAGGUAUCUCUACACACGUUACUUCGUAAACGAGCAGCCUUUGAUGGGUAGCAGAAGGUUUUAAUAUAUUAUUUCGCGUCAAUCUCCUCUGCAUGCUGCAAUAAGCUCGACUUGAAAGAACGACUCUACUAGGAGAUCAGCUGGGGCAUGUUUCAACAACCCGGCGAACAGAAACGAUGAAAACAUGUACACGAUGACGAUAUCUGUGAGGCCGCUGAGGCGGACAUGCUGCUCAAGACCCUCGAUUAUUGGUCGGGGAUUAUUCUCUUCUUCCUCCAGGCAGCUCGCUCCGAAUGGAACUGUUGCAGGAAGCAAUGAGAGCAAGCCACUAGACACUGGCUCCCGCGCUUUGAAUGCAUCAUUUGACGAGGGACAAAUUUCACGCCUAGCAAGGAAGCAUCUCCACAACCUCAAUCUUGCCGACCUUGUCAAACAUGGCAGACCACCGCUCUCGGAGGAGGCCCUCCUCCAAUCAGCCAACUUCACGCUGAGUUUGCUCCCAAUUCGAUUGGCACAUCGACUUCAAGCCCUCCGCAACCUGCCGUAUAUUGUAGUGUCGAACCCGAACAUUCGAACGAUAUAUAACAACUAUCAACGUUCCUUAGAGACCCUACUGCCUUGGGAGGAGCGCGGUGGCAUAAAUACCCUGGGGGAGGAGGUUGAAUUCACAGAAGUGCUCGCCCAACUGGUUCGCACACACGCCGAUACUAUACCAAUCCUCGCCCGCGGCUUCUUGGAGUGUCGCCGUUACGUGAGCCCUCAAGACGUCACGGCAUUUCUCGAUGCCCAUCUACGCGCCCGCAUCGGUACACGUCUGGUGGCCGAGCAGCACAUUGCGCUACACUACUCCUCACAGCCACAUUUCGAUCCGGCCGCGAGCCCCGUCCCAUGCCCCGAGGAGCCUUCGUUUGUGGGUGUCAUUGACACAGCACUAAAGCCUGUCGAUAUUCUCGACCAUUGUGGCGGUGCCGUCGCUGAGAUAUGUGAGCUGCGCUACGGUGUUCGUCCGGAAUGGGUAGUCAAUGGUUCGCCAGACACUACAUUUGCAUACGUUCCCAUGCACUUGCAUUACAUCCUCACGGAACUACUGAAAAAUGCUUUCCGUGCCACGGUUGAAAACAAUAUGAGCCGAGAGCCCAUCGAGGUCACCAUCGCUCCUGCUUUGCCUCUGGAUGAUGGCCGUGGCCUGCGUCUCAAACCACCAUCCGUCUCGCGCGGUGUCUUCCGUUCCGAUGCAAUACAGCCUCUAGACGACAACGCACCUGGUGUGACUAUUCGGAUACGCGAUCGUGGUGGUGGUAUUGCGCCCGAGGUUCAACCCAAUAUCUGGUCGUAUAGCUACACGACAUUUUUCGACCAGGACGAUAGCUUGCCUGGAGGGGCCGGCGGAAGUGGGGGUGGGAGCACAGGCGACUUUGCGCUCAAUAUAAUUUCGAGCGCGAGCAACGGUCGCAGCUCUAUUGCUGGGCUAGGCUACGGGCUACCGCUCAGUCGUGCUUACGCUGAGUAUUUUGGGGGCGGCAUCGACGUUCAAAGCCUACACGGCUGGGGUACUGAUGUCUAUCUACGACUUAAUGGGGUCGGACGACUGGAGAAUAUUUCCAGACCUCCGAAGGCCUGAGUGGUUGCUUGGUCGAGGACAUUGAAGUCCCAAGCUCGCGGGUCUUGUGGAUGAAACGGACUUCUUUGUCACGCCUCAGAUCAAACUAGCAUACCAUUCCUUAUUUUGAAGCGGAUGAGCAGUUAUCUCAUGACAGCGGGAUGACUACGUAUUCUACACUCAGCUAUGAUGCCAUUUUACGGUCAGUUACAGAUCGACUGCUUCAGAUCCUAUCAGCAAAGUUGUGCGUUACACUUGAAGUUGAUUAUUUUCGGGAUGGACUUUGUAUGAUCAAGGUUCUGGUGUCGAUUUUGGUGAAGGCGAUGCAGUUAUCUACCUCCCCUGCCUAGGUAUUGCGAGAAGAAACAACUCGUGUUGGCUCUGCGCAAAAGGGUCGUGGAACAGCGCAUCCUUCUUUAUUAGGUUCUGGGAUCGAAAAUAGUUACCACGGGCCGGAUUACAUAUGUAUGAUCGCCCGAGUGGAUAUUCCCAUGGUGUCCAGAGAGCAGAUCGGGAAUAAUCAAAGCGGAAACGAAAGCUCUACAUACUCCAAAUAGCGCUGGCCCAUAGACUUAUUGAACUUGUAUCCCAAGGAGCGUGUCUGCAUUCAAUUGGUAGAGCACGCUGUUUGAAAUACAAAAGGUUGGUCAGAUGCAGCCAACAUACCGCGCGUUGGGUCCAGAACAGGGAACUAUGGAUACCGUAAGAUACGGUAAGGUUAGAUACUUACGUACCUAGGUAUUGCUGUACCGGUAGAACUGUGUUCAAUAAUGGAAGUUAAAUUACAGGGCCCUCAAUCACAGUAACCGCUUGACUUGGGAGUGGGUCGCUAUGGGUCUUACACGGGACUGGCGUUCCGGCCAAGACGCCUCAGCUCUAUCUGACAG